AACAGUGCUGAAGGAGGCGAGGAGGAGCAGAGAGAGAGGGAGGGUGUGUGAGAGAGAGAGAGAGAGAGAGAGAGAGAGAGCGAGAGGGAGGGAGGGAGAGAGGGAGAUAGGGGAGGAAGAAGACGAAGAAGUUAGAUGGUGCUUUCCUUUGUCACCGAGUCUCCGUGCUUAUGACCCUCGAUCAAGCUCAUCGGCGACCCGUGGUAUCGUUCAACCCGUUGUUGUUCCACGUCUAACUACCCCUCCGGAUUUCAUCCGAGAAACGGUCCGAUCCCCGCCGUCCACGAUGAUGGAGGAGUCGGUGUCCACGUUCGAGACGCAUCUGACGGCCGUGAUGGACAGUCUGAUCCGAGCCUCGGUGUGCGAGGUCACCAAGCUGUUCCAGGACAUGGUGAACGACUACCUGGUGGAGAUCACCCUCAACCGGAAGGAGAACGACGCUCUCAAGCAGCGGCUGAGGCUCACCGAGAACAAACUGAGGACCGAGCGCAAGUACGGGAUGGGCUGGGCGGCCACCCGCCGCAACGCCGGCCUGGCGGCGGCGGCAGAGGACGCGGCCGCAGGGCGGCAGAAGCGAAAAGUUGAGGGGGCCCGAGGCAAGUCAAAGAAAGGCCCGGCAGCAGUCUAUGGCAAAGGCUGGCCUGGAGGUGUGUGGGAGGAAAGAGGAGGAGGAGUUGGUGGAGGAGGAGGAGGAGGAGGAGGAGGAAGAAGAAGAAGAAGAAGGGCAGAAGCUGUGGGGAUGGUGGCAGGACCAGGAGGAAGAGGAAGAGGGGGGAAGGAGGCCAGGGAGAUGUACCUCAUCCAGUUCCCCAGGGAUGAAGAAGACGAGGGAGGGAUGAUGGAGGACGAGGAAGGGGAGGGCAGCCUCAGCGGUGAGGGGGAGGAGACUGCCGACAUCAAAGAGGAGUUUGCCCAAACAGAGGGUUAUCAACCCGCCUCUCUCCAGCUAAUCAAGGAGGCUUUGAAGAUGGACCCACCCAACCAGAACCUCCACUCUUGCUCCAGAGCCCAAAGCAAAGGGGACCUGUCGGAUCGUCACUCCAGCCUCCAUUCAGGAGAGAGAGAUGAGGACUGGGAGUCUGACUCCGCAGAGCCGUCGGAGGGGGGCAUGACCAUGGACGAGCUGAGGGGUCUGGAGUCUGCACUGAGGGCCGAGAGAGGCCGAGAACAGGCCGCCCUGACAACUCCCGAGCCCGUCAGCCCCGACUCGGAGGCGGAGCAAGGCAGCGAGGGAAGCCUGGCGCCCAAGUACAUCGGUCUUGAUGGAAUGGAACACGAUGAAGAGCUGGAGCCACCCACCCUCCAGAGAGAGGAGCAGACCGGGCAAAGACGGGCGAAGGACGUCGUGACGGCGGCAGGGGAGCCGAGGUCAGGCUGGUCGAAGAGGUCAAGGGAGGACGACUCGGCCGCCUCCGUGUCAGGCGAGGACGCGGCCGAGCAGGGGGAGCCAGCGCACCUGCCCCACCUGUGUGCUCCGGGCAGUGUCGGGGAGAGCGUAGGGGAAGAGGAGGGGGGCGGCGACCUGCUCCAUUUCUGCCCGCAGUGCGGAGGAGGCUUCACCUCACAGGCCGAGCGCGAGGAGCACCCCUGCCCACUAGGAGAAUCCCAUUUGCAGGACAGCGGGGAGGACGUCCUCUACCCGUGUGCCCACUGCGGCACCACGUUCAGCCACGCCUGGGCCCUCAAGAACCACGAGUGCGCGUGCGCCGCCGAGAGGCCGCACUGCUGCGAGAUCUGCGGGAAGCGCUUCACGCACUCGCGCUCCCUGGAGCGGCAUCAGCUGGUGCACACGGGCGAGAGGCCCCACCGGUGCCCUCAAUGCGGACGCAGCUUCAGCCGCCUGGGCAAUCUGGAGCGGCACCAGCGGAUUCACACCGGCGAGCGUCCGUACGGGUGCGAGGCGUGCGGGAAGCGCUUCAGCCGCGUGGAGUACUUAAAGAGACACCAGCUCAUACACACCAGUGAGAAGCGGCACUCCAGUGCUCCAACUGCGGAAGCGGCUUUAGUGACGUGGAGCAACUGAAGAACCACCAGUGUUUUUAGGAGCCUCUCCUCUAAACGUCCGACAGAACUGGAAAGAAAAAGCGUUUUUUUAUUGAAUGUGGGAGACCUCAUGGGAUCGAUGCCAAUCAUUGGUGGAGGCUCAUGUUGUUCUCAGUGAUCUGGAGUCGUCUUUCAAACACGUUCUGACAGGAAGGCAAAUCAACUUUAAUACAAAGAUACACGUGUGGACAAUUUGUUGAGUAAAUAUAGAAGGCAAAUGUCCAUAAUUGACAGGAAGUCAGUUGCACUUGUUGUUUCUCUAUAUUUUAAUUUGAGGUGGUCUCAUUUGUACAGAGCUUGUACUUAUUUAUAUGAUAGAGUCGUACAUUUGUCUUUUUUAUCAAAAAGUGGCUCACAUGUUGCAACUGGUGCCCUUGUUUUUUGCCAGAAAAUAUAAUUGACAGCUUGGUAUUUUAUAUGUUUUGUGUUUUGGCCAUAUCAUUAAGAAAUAAAUAUUUCAAUUCAUCACAAGGCCUUUUAUCAAUGU